AUGAAUGGUCUCAGUGUGAAUGUUCUGACUGAGAAACAGCAGGGUCUUUUAGAAGUUAUCGAUCAAAUUGAUGAUCCCCAGCUUAAGAUGAAAGUAAUAGAAACUUGUAUAUCUUCAAUGAAGGAAGAAGAGGAAGAAAAACCCCAGCUUCCUAAUGAAAAUUAUAGUUUAAAAAUUAUUCUUGAUCGUUUAGAACAGGUAGAUAAUCUUAAACCUGUUACAAUUCCUGAUCUUAAGAAUGAAAUUAAUACUCUGAAGGCCGAGAUUAGGUCAUUAAAAACUUUUCAGAGCAAAGCUGCUCAAGAAUUUUAUGAUAUCAAGACAAGAUUGGUUGUCUUGGAAAAUAAAGGCGAAUCAAGCAAAGUUGAUGAUUUGGCCUAUUUAAAUUCCAUAAACAAAGUGGUUUACCAAAAAUGGCAUAUUAAGGUUAAUUUGGUAAUCCAUAAAGAAUACACUAUCAACAAUAUUAUUGCUUUGGUUGACAGUGGUGCGGAUAUGAAUUGUUAUUGGCAGAUUCAAAUACAGGAAUCUGAUCGGUAUAAGACUGCAUUUGCUGUUCCAUUUGGUCAUUUCGAAUGGAAUGUUAUGCCUUUUGAGAACAUAGAUCAACAUGUUAAACAUCUUAGAAUUUUUAAAGAUGUGAUUAAAAGAAAUGGUUUGGUAGUUUCUGCCCCUAAGAUGAAAUUAUUCCAGACUAAGGUCAGGUUCUUAGGACAUAAUAUUCAUCAGGGAAAAAUUAUUCCCAUUGAUAGAAGUAUAGAAUUUGCUUCUAAAUUCCCAGAUGAAAUUAGGGAUAAAAACCAAUUGCAAAGAUUUUUAGGAAGUCUCAAUUAUAUAGGAGACUAUUAUAAAGAAUUGGCUCAGGAUUCUGCACCAUUAUAUGAUAGACUUAAGAAGAAUCCUCCUCCUUGGUCUGAACAGCAUACUAGGGCUGUUCGAAAAAUUAAAUUAAAAGCAAAGCAAUUGCCUUGUCUAGCAAUAGCUAAUCCUGAUUGGAAGAAAAUUGUAGAGACAGAUGCCUCGAAUUUAGGAUACGGAGGGAUGAAUCAUAAUAAUUUUGUUUUACAAAGAACAAUAUUAUUGCAAUAUCUGAAAUUGCAAAGAGCUGUUUUCAACUCCCAUGUUGAAAUGACAAUUUUAAAAUGGCCUCAUACUCGUAGUAAUGUCCUACGAUGGGUUCAUACCAGAGAGGCAUUAUUGAGACAUUAUCAAAAAUAUGGAACUGAUGAUGAUGAAGACUGGGAUAUGGAAUUUCUCCAGUUGACAAUUGACAGGCUUCAAUCGGAGCUAAUAUUAUUAUCUACUGCUUAA